GCGCUCGGAGCCUCGCACCCUUGGACAGCAGUUAGUUGCUGACUCGGAUGCAGCCGAUCGGUAACACCUUCUCCGAGAGCCGGGUGGCAUCCCGGUGUCCCAGCGUGGGCCUCGCUGAACGGAACCAGGUAGCCACAAUGCCGGUGCGGCUGCUCAGGGAGAGUCCGCCAGCGCAGGAGGACAAUGAUCAUGCCACAGACGGUUUCCAAAUGAAGAUGGAUGCCCACGGCUUCGCCCCGGAGGAGCUGGUGGUGCAGGUGGACGGCCAAUGGCUGAUGGUGACCGGACAGCGGCAACUGGACGGCAGUGACCCGGAAAGGGUCAGUUACCGCAUGUCACAGAAGGUGCUCCCGUCCAACCUGAAUCCUACCGCCAUAACGUGCUGCCCGAUCCCCUCCAGGCAGCUAUGGGUCAGAGGCCAGUGUGUGGCGCUGGCUCCUGAAGCCCAUACAGGACCGUCCUGGAGACUCAGCCUUGGCUCUAAGGCUUCCAACCUGACCCAGUAAACAAACGACCCGAUGUGCGGCA